GGAAUCGUAAUAAAAGAACCAACUGGUGUUGUUUACUUUCACAGGAAAAGUAAAAAAAUAAAAGAAUAGAUGAUGAAAAAAAAGAGAGUGUAGGCCUCACGUAAUAAUCAAGCAUUUCCUUAUGAUUACAAAAUGCUGGUUAACAACAAUAAACAUAAUAAAAUGAGGCACACUUUUCAUAUUACCAUUAAUGAAUUACGUUUAUAGGGAAGUAAACACGGUCUUAAUCCCUAUACUUUUAUUGUAACAGUUUAAUAUUUUGAAAGGAAAUUAGGAUCUGAAACAAGUGUGACUGUGAUCUAGAAUAAUGUGGCGGGAUUUGAGUUCCAAUUUUGUUUUAGGUCAUUGUCAUAUCCUUUCAGCAAGACAUCAAUUUUCAUCCAACGUUUUAAUGGAUUUUCUACUUCUAAUGGUAGGUUUGAAACCUUCAUAAAAAAUCAAGAAUAACAUUACAAUUUUUGAAAAGAAAGAGGUAUUUUUGAAACAAACGGUAAAGUUUAGAGAUCUUUUAGCUCGAUUUUCCCCGAUCUUUAUAUUUCCAUACUUAUGAAAUGUUGUUUUGAUAUGAUGAUCAUUUGAGGAGAGCAUUAUUAUAUUGAAAUAGCUAAACAAACGUAUGGCAUAAAAUAUUGGCCAGUCAUAAGAGGUAGCCAAGUCUUUAUUUAAUAGUUGAGAUUCAACCAUUUGAUAAUGUUAUAUUUCCUAGCUGUACCACCAAAAACAUAUUGAUUGCCAUUUUGCUUCAAGAUUAAAUUUACUUAUAUAUCCUCUUGUUCUCUCUCUGACUUUGGAGAAAGGGAAUUUUGCAGUAAUAAUAAUGAUGGUGAAGUUAUAUCAUAAUUGCAGAUUGAUAAUCCAUUUCUUCUUGUUUCUAAGUUUUUGUGGAAUUUCAAUUUGUGAAGUCUUUCUUGUUGGAGAUGAAGAUGGCUGGAACUCUGGCAUCAAUUUUGCUACCUGGUCUCAAAAUCACACUUUCACCAAAGGAGAUUUUCUAGUUUUCAACUAUGCAAAGAAUGUACACAAUGUGUAUGAAGUUACUGAGGAGACAUACAGAUCAUGUGAGACAAGUAAUGGAGUAUUGGGUAAAUAUGAUAGUGGAAAUGAUAAAAUUGAACUCAAAGAAGCAAGAAAUUAUUGGUUCAUUUGUAAUGUGGCUGGUCAUUGCUUGGGUGGAAUGAGAUUUGGAAUUGAGGUUAAAGAAGCCAAUUCUUCCAUUCAUCUCCCACUUAAUCCUAUUCAAUCUCCUCCUCCAAACACCAAUUAUGCUUCUAUUAAUUGUGGAAGGUAUUCUAUGUGGACCCCUUUCAUUUGCAUUCUAGCAUUUAAAGUUCUAUUUCAUUGAGACCUAAACAUUCAGGUCUCGUUUGAUAAUUAUUUGAAUCUCGUUUGACGAUUAUGUGAUUUUUGAUGGAUUUU